UGCUGAGUUCAAAAAUUUGUCCUUAAAAAAAACUCCCUCUAGGCCGGCAUCCUAUCUACAUCCAGUCUUUCGGUCCUUCCAGCCUAUUUUGGACAUUCUCCGCGCCUCAUUCCAAACAGCAGAAAAAAAAAAAAAAAUGGCACCGCCGGUCUCAUUAGCAGACGAGUCCCUCUUCUACGGCGCCGUUCUUGCGAUCUACCUCUUCUCCCCCUUAAGCGUCUUCUCGCUUCUCUUCGUCACCGUCCCCUAUGGCAAGCACUACCGCGCUGGAUGGGGCCCUUCUAUUCCGUCGCCAAUCUCAUGGUUCUUAAUGGAGAGCCCAACCCUUUGGCUCUCCCUCCUCCUCCUCCCCUUCGGCAAACAUCGCUACAACCCGAUUGCCCUUUCCAUCCUCUCCCUCUUCUUCCUCCACUACAUCAAUCGCACACUAAUCUACCCCCUCCGGCUCAGCCGCUUCGGCAUCUCCGGCGGCCGCAGUGGCCUCCCCAUCUCCAUCGUCGCAAUGGCCUUUGGCUUUAACCUCUUCAACGCAUACAUUCAGAUCCGAUCCAUCACCCACUACACCGAAUACGGUGGCCGGGCAUGGACAUGCGGGAUUUGGACGGCGUCGAGAGUGGCGAUCGGGGUCGGGAUCUUUUUUUGGGGCAUGGCGGUGAACGUUCGGUCAGAUCUAUCGCUGUUGAGGCUCAAGGCGGAGGGCAGCGGCGCGUACAAGAUCCCAAGGGGCGGGUGGUUCGAGCUGGUGAGUUGCCCUAAUUAUAUGGGGGAGGUGGCGGAGUGGCUGGGCUGGGCGGUAGUAGCGUGGUCGCCUGCGGCGUUUGGUUUUGCGCUCUUCACAGCGGCAAAUUUAGUGCCGAGGGCUAGGUCGCAUCAUAAAUGGUAUCUAGAUAAGUUUGGGGAGGACUAUCCCAGAUCAAGGAAAGCGGUUGUGCCCUAUAUCUUUUGAUCUUUUAAAAUCUGUAACUCUUGGCUGUAUGGAGAAAUAAAAUGGAUUUUAUUUUGUUA